GGUUGUUUUCCACUAAGCGGAAGACUGCGAGCGGUCCGCUUUGCACGCUCAUCGGACAUGCGCAUUGGUAAGCUUAGUCCAAAUCAAGCGGAGAUUUCGAGCACGCUGAAAAGUAGAAUCAAGUUCUACUUUUUGGGCGGACCGAGUGGAAAUUGUGUUAACAAUGGAUGGAAGCUUGGUUCCCCUAGAUCUGCAAUCUGUUAUUGCAACAAUGAUAAAAGCUCAAGCAUCGCAAGGAUCACCUGGGCCUUCGUCGUCAGAUGCAAUGUCAUCUCAACAAGCCACAUACUUGCAACAAGAACCUCUGUCUGAUGAGUUGCCUAGGACAGUUACUGGGGAAUUUGAUGUGGAAAUUUUUAUCGAAGAACUUAAGAACUUCCCAUGCUUGUGGAAUACUUCACUGAGAAGCUAUCACGAAAAGCACACAAAACAAAAUUCCUGGAUGGUUCAAUCGGAGAAAUUUGGUAAAAAUGUUGAUUUUCUCAAGAUACAGUUAAAGUAUCUAAAAGAUAAUUUGAAACGAUGUCUGGACAAAAGAAACAAGGAAACAAGAUCUGGAGCUUCACACACAAAUUUGCCAAAAUGUAAAUAUUUUGAUCAGCUUUCAUUCAUGCAUGACAAGGUUUCUAGUCGUCAGACAGAGAGCAAUGUUUCACUUGAACCAACCGAACCAACCUGUUCAGAAUUAACAGACAGAGAUGUUUGUCCAAGCACAGAUUUAUUAUCAAAGGAAGAGCCUGUAAAAAGGAAAAAUUUAGAAAUUCCAAAUGGGAAGGGGAAAAAGGCAAGACAAGGUUUGGGAUAGGCAGUUGAUGCCAUGUUAUUAUCAACUAUCAAGGAUAUGUCACAAAAUGAGAAAAAAAAUACUGAGACAUCCAUUAAUGAAGAUGCUGAUUCCCUCUUCUGCAGGAGCUGUGUUGCCACCCUGUAGAGACUACCUCCAAAGAAGAACAGUGAAGCCAAAAUGAAAAUUCAGCAAUUGCUACAUAAUAUUGAGUUUUCAGACUAAAGCUUUGAAACACCAAAUUUAUUUGUAUCAUAAACUGAUUGUUAUCUUUUGACUAAUUUUACUUACCAUAAAUUCUCUUUUAAAUCCCCUCUCAGUUAAGCCCCCUCUCUCCUAUUAGCCCCCUUUUUAAAAGCAAAAAAUUUAGAAGCCCCUCACUCUAUUAAGCCC